AUGUUAACCAUUUCCAUUGUGAUUGGCCUUACGGCCUUGAGGGAUUUUUCUCGACCACUAUUUGUUUCUCAACCUAUUAUACGGGGGACACCAUUUGGCCAAGCGAUCUUCAUUUCAGUAAGUUAUGGUGUUCAUCGUGAGAGGAUUGAAUAUCCUCUAAACUGCUCUGAUGUAGUUGGUUUUGCACGGACAUGUUCGGAUAAUUACCAGUCGGUGUUCGAGUCCGAAGAAUUGAAUACCGAAGCUUGUCCGGAUUACUUCCGGUGGAUCCACGAAGACUUAAAGCAAUGGAACACUUCGGGGAUUACAAAAGACAUGAUCGAGAGGGGAAUUCCGAGUGCCAAUGACCGGCUGGUGAUCAUCAACGGAAGCGCUUAUGUGGAGAAGUACAAACCGUCGUUUCAAACCAGGGAUGUGGUUACAAUAUGGGGCAUUUUGCAGCUUCUAAGGUUGUACCCUGGAAAAGUUCCAGACUUGGACCUUUUGUUCUAUACUGGAGACAACACUGUGAUUAUGAAAAGAGACUAUAAUGGACCGAAUGCCAUACCGCCGCCGUUGUUUCAUUACUGCAGAGAGGCGGCGGCGCUUGACAUCGAGUUUCCUGACUGGACCUUUUGUUCAAUAAACAUUGUGUUUCGUCGAGAGAAGCUUGAAUGGAUUAGGGUUCAAAGUUGA